CACAUGUUGUCAGGGGGCUGGAAGUGCUGAGCAGUGCUGGGGCGCCGCGCACCAGAGCGCACGGGACCUAGGAGCCUCCCAGUAUAACAUUCAUUAUUGUUAUCCUCAGCCUGUAGAUUUGAAUUCUUUGUGUCUUCGUCCUCUUUCUUUUUCUUAUUGGUUUUAAUAGAGUUUGGAUAUGUUUUGUCCUUUGGAGCGUUUUCUUCUUUACGCACGAGCAUCACGGACGCUGCGUUUAUGACCUGAGGCACCGACGGGAGAGAGACGCGACAUGGAGACGUUCACGAUACAAGACGUGCUCAUGAACUCCACCGACCUGAACAAGAUCCUGUGCAAUUUCGGGAUCAAGAAUAUUUCGGAAUGCGAGGAGGAGCAGGAGCCGUCGCCCGAACCCCAAGAUAUCAACCAGACCGUGCGGAUCUUCCUCUACAGCCUCAUCUUCCUCCUCAGCGUGGUGGGCAACAGCCUCAUCGUGGCCGUGCUGGUGAGGAACCGGCGCAUGAGGACCGUCACCAACCUCUUCCUGCUGUCCCUGUCCAUCAGCGACCUGAUGGUGUCCCUGGUCUGCAUCCCCUUCACCCUCAUCCCCAACCUCAUGAGGGACUUUGUCUUCGGAGCCGGCAUGUGCAAGCUGGUCAUGUACUUCAUGGGUGUCUCAGUCAGCGUCUCCACCUUCAACCUGGUGGCCAUCUCCCUGGAGCGCUACAGCGCCAUCUGCAACCCGCUGACCUCCAGGUCGUGGCAGACCAAAUCCCACGCCGCCAAGGUCAUCACCGCCACCUGGGUGGCGUCCUCCAUCCUGAUGCUGCCCUACCCCAUCUCCAGCACUCUGAAGCCUUUCACCCGCCUGAACAACAGCACGGGGCACAUGUGCCGCCUGGUGUGGCCCAACGACGCCAUCCAGCAGUCCUGGUACGUGUCUCUGUUGUUGCUGCUCUUCCUGAUCCCGGGCAUCGUCAUGAUGACAGCGUACGGACUCAUCUCCCUGGAGCUGUACAGGGGCAUCAAGUUCGAGCUGUCCAGCAGGAAGUCCAGCAGAGAAAGGCAGUGCAGCACUGGCAGCAUCAAACCCGGCGACAACGACGGCUGUUACAUGCUGCCGUCGAAGAAGAGGAGCAUCACCUGCAGCUUCUCCCACUCCAGCACCAAGCCCACGGCGGUGGCUCGUGUGUCCAGCAGCAGCUCCACAGCCAACCUGAUGGCCAAGAAGCGCGUGGUCCGCAUGCUGUUGGUCAUCGUCUUCCUCUUCUUCCUCUGCUGGACCCCGGUGUUCGUGGUGAACGCGUGGCAGGCGUUCGACCGGCGCUCGGCCUACCGCCUGACCGGUGCGCCCAUCUCCUUCAUCCACCUGAUGUCCUACACCUCGGCCUGCGUCAACCCCAUCAUCUACUGCUUCAUGAACAAACGUUUCCGCAAGGGCAUGCUGUCCACCUUCAGCUGCUGCAGCUGCAUCAGGAGGAGCGGCUCGGGGGGGUCGGCCAUCAGCACCAGAGGGGAUGGGAGCAGAGCGAGAGCGGCGCCGAAGACCCCCGAGCAGAACGGUCACACCCCGACGAGCGGAGCCACCACGCCCUUCAACUACACCGGCAUCCGAGCGUCGGCCUGGAGUGAGCUGACCUAGAGCGGACUGAGUGUUGUGGUCCCGCUCGUCCUCACUGUGCUUAUAGGACCAGUUCACGAGCAGCCAUGUUGCUUCAGCUUGACGUGUGACCCGACGCGAGGGCACUGCAGUUAAAAGAGCGUGAAGCAGCAGUGGUGCAAAUCCAGAGCAGAUCAACACGGCCACAUGUUUCUGUAAAAAACCCUGAGGGACCACGAGAUGAAGCAGAAUACACAGAUUAAUGUAGUUUAUAUAUGUUCUUUAAAGUAAUUUGCAGCAGCGACCAAACCGCCUCUUUCAUAAUCAUUCCUCUAAAGAUACCUGAGAGAGUUCUUCACUCAGGUGACAUUCUGAAAAGGGAACAAACCAGUUACACCUAGAGGGACAUUUAGUAGAUUUACAGCAUUUCACAGCAGAUCUUAUGAUUUAUACCGCAUUCCGCCACCAGGUGGAAAUCGAGAAGAUUUGGCUUCAGUUUUGGGGAGCCUCCAUCUUUAUGAUACAGUCUGGACUCUGCAUUGCACUUAUCAUGAGCUGCUCCGAAGCGCCAUGAAGUCAAUAAACUACAGAAUGUACCUUUAAAGGGUUUGAUAUUGUGGGAAACUGCAAACUCUCUGAUAAAAAGCAAACAGCACCUUUAGCUCGUUAGUUUAAUUCCCCCAAAACUGUCAUCAUACCCCUUUAAAACUCUGCUGUGAUGAAUUAUGCUUAAAAUAAAUGUUAGACUCUCUGAAAACAAGUCGUAACUCAUGAGUAAGAGAAGCUUCUACUCACGAUUUGUAGCUAAUUGGCAACGUGACGAAAACCACUGUUGACCUUUAACUCAUUUCAGUCGCUCGUGGCUGUGAAUCAAAGGCCUUAAACCAAACAGCCGAUCAUUAGUCAUUUUCGGCAGCAGCUGCCUGUCGAGCUGCAAAGUACCCCC